AAGGGACACAAGAGAGAAAUGGAAAAAUCGCGGCGGACAUUUUGAAGGCAAAAGUAAGUUUGAAGGAAAUUUAAGUACGCUCGAAGGCAAGUCAAUAUACGCCAAAACCGGACUAACUAAUUGAAAAUCGAUGCCGGAAAGUGCGAGGAUCAUGUGGUGCAUGUUAUUCCAUUCCGAAGUGCAGUAUUUAAGAUGAAAAGUUGAAAGUAAAAAAUCUCCAGAGGGUGCCCGUCGCGGAUUUCAGUCGACGACGCAGAGGAUUUUUUUCUCAUCUCUUCUCCACUCGCGCCCUACUCCAUUGUAUGUGUAUUGUGUGUAGCAAGGCAUUCUUUGACCAACUCAAUCAAUCAAAUCGUGAAGAAGGAAAAGACUUUUUGAGGACGGUGAAACGUGAAAAAGUACAUUGUGUGACUCAAUUGUGCGACGGAAAGGCGGAGGAGUAAAAUUGGAUACGUUGCCGAUGGCUCGUAACGCUUGAACAACCGAUUUUCUGCGAUCCAGUACAGACAUUACCCGUGAAAAGGUGAUUAUUUUCAAAUAUACAUUUUCGACGGGCUUUGGGUUUCUCAUAUGAAGAAUCCAGCUGUUGCAGAAACAGUUCCCCACAGAGCUAGGACGAAUGAAACAUCAGAGGCGACAACGUGUCACCUAAGCCAAUCAGCGACGAAAACAGCAUUAUUGUGAGUUUGUUUCAAUUUUAAACCCAUUUUUGCGUAAGAUGGAUCCAGCAGGGCCUUGGUCCUACUCGUAUAACCGGCAACCGGGCGCAGCUAGUGGUGAGUUCCAUCACCACCUAGCGACGGCUGCCGCAGCCGGUAGUAUUGGAUUAGCUGCCCAUAAUACAACCGUUGGUGUGCCAUCGACUACAUCUCAACUGUUGCUACAGGCAGCCCACACAACGUCUCUCGGAUCCUCGUCAGGGCCGUUCAAUCCGACUGGUUUCCUGUCGCCACCGGGAGUCAGUUACGAUGCAGUGUUCACUCCACUGUUCCAUCCUGCUGCCAAUCCGAAGCCUGCCCAUUACAGCUCGACCAUCAACCAACAUCGCGUGUUGGCUCAAGCACAGGCCCAGGCAGCAGUGAAGCAAGUAAAUGAAACCGAAACAAUUCGGGACAACUACACUACCCAGCAAACCUUAGCUGCUGCGGCUCAAGUCGCCAACUUUUAUGAGCAACAGCAACAACAGCAGCAGCAGCAGCAGCAACAACAGCAAACAUCCAAUACCAGUGCAGCAAGUAGUGGUUCCACUUCGACCAGUGGUUCCUGGCAAGGCAAUCCAAGCCCGUUUGGCAUUAUGCCGCAUGAGAAUGUCGUACAGUCAAGUCCCGUAACGUCGGCGUCAUCUAAAACCACUACAUCUACGUACGAGAACUUCAACGCACAUUUCACCAACUUGAACCAACUCAACACACAACUGACGAGCAAAUCAUCAGCAAGAUCAACAUCGCCAGCCGUCAACAGUGGCAACAGUAGUGCAAGUGCAGCCAAAUCGGGUACUAACUACUUUGCAUCGUCCAACACCAGCAGCAACCAGCAGCAGUACGGUGGAGUGAACGAAUCUCUAUCAAAUUAUUCCACCCAACAGCAGCAAGGAAGUAAGCAACAAAUGGAUUACGGCGGUACUAGUAAGUCAUUGUCGUCCAACUCCAGUUCAGGCAGUAGUUCGUCUUCGCUUCAGCAGGCCACUUCAUCCUCUUGUAUUGUUAUCACCCCAGUGUCCAGUUCCAUAAAUUCCUCAUCUUCCCUAGCAUCUCCCCCGGCGAAGGAUCAAAAGUAUCAAUCUCGCAUCAUACCAUCCCAAACACCUCUCGUAAAUUCCUCCAUCGUCUAUGCGGCUCGUAAUCAUAACGCUCAUCAUGCAGCUGCAGCGGUCACCAGUCUGACUGAUCCAAAAACCCGGCUAUUAUCGGCAGGUUUGCAAACGCAGCAACAACAGCAACAUCAGAUCCAACAGCAACAACUUCAACAUAAUGCACACUAUUUGCUGCAGAUGAACAGCUUUUUAGUACCUCCAUCGGCUGCAUCGCCUCCAACGGCACUCAACAGUAACAAAAUUGUACAAAAACCCUCUAUCCAAUCGAAAGCCAUCGGUGGCGGUGGAGGAGGAGGUGGUGGCCAAUCCGCCACGAUAAAAACCGAUGGCCAACAUACUGUAAUUAGUCAUCAGCCCCAGUCCUCACCUAUUAGCUACUCAAUCACCGAUAGCAAUGGACGAGCGAGUUCUUCCUCAUCUACGUCAUCUGCAUCGGUGGCGACAUCUGCUAAAUUAAAUAGUCCCAUUAAUCGUGUCAAUAACAGUAGUAAUAAUAGUAAUAUUUCUAGGAAUAAUAGUAACAGUAGUAGUAAUCAGCAGCAGCAAUAUCAACAAAACAGUGCCUCUAAUAAUUAUAGAACUAAUUAUAAUCAGUUGAGCGUAUCUGGUAGCAGCACUGAGUCGGUUGAUUAUAAUCGCAUCAACAAGCGUGAAUCCCAUCAGCUACAGCAACAACAGCAACCGCAACAACAACAGUAUUCAAACACUUCACUAUCUCGUCAUAAUAUGCCUCCAUCGCCAGCAGCUUCCGAUUAUAGCACCUCUGGGACACUUUCGAGGCGUCCGUCUUCGCCCACUCUUACCCACUCUCAAGCUUCUCCCAUUGGACACGUGUCCAGUCCAGCAUACCCUAUGUACAAUAGCCCAAUGGGCAACGCGCUGUCCUCUCCGAAACACCACACCACCCAGCAUUCGUCGAAUAUUCCAUCAAAUGUGACACGGUCACCAUCAUCGAAUCUGUCUCGACAGUCACAAUCUCAACCACAAGCACAACAACAGCAGCAACAGACACAGCCUCAACAGCAAGUGGCUUAUUCAUCCGUAAUCACACGUACUCAGCAACCUCAACAACAGCCUGUUCCUCAGCAGCAACAACAACAUCAACAACCACAAGUACCACCCAUUCAGGUGCCCACGUUGAGCCAUUGGAACAAUAGAAACGCAAACGAGCGACUACAACAACCGGAAAGAAGUGAUCCAAUGACAAUAGUGAAGAAUCUUCAGCAACCGAGUAUCAUUUCUCCCAUACCUGAAAGACAAGUUGCCCCUCCAGCAACUCCUGAAAAGACUGAAUCCAAAUCGAGGCGGAAAAAGUCCGAUACCCCCACGAGAAUCGUACCGAUGGCUAGUGUGGCAAAUGGGGAAUUCAAUGUAAAUACUACAAUAACAUCUUCGAAUGCUGGCAGUUCGUUGGGUUCAAGUAAUAGUCUGACAAGUACAAGUGGUGCUGGUAGUGAAGCAAGCUCGAAAGACAACAGUAAUACGCUGGACUUUGACCGGUGGAACUUGGCCCCUCCUCCGGCAGGGACCACCAAAAUGUUCCCAAACAGUAAUUUUAUACCUCAACCACCUUCUACGUCUUUUAUUCCUCCUCCCCAUCCAAUCUACUAUCCAACUUUCCAUGGUCCGAUCCCUUUAAUACCCAAUGAGAUUAUCAGCAAUACUCUCGCAGCAGCUGUCAGCAGUAAUCUCGACACUCCAACAUAUACCACUUUGCUUAGUGCGUCGGACAGCACUGGUCUGGCACCGUCUUCUGGCAAUAACAAUAAUAGUAGUACUAAUCGCGGAGGCGAAGACGAACAGCCUUCUCCUAAUGUUGACAACAGCAAUAAGGUUGUAGUCCCAAAUAUAGAGGAAGAACUUGGAUUUCUUGCAGAAAAUUCGAGAUCAAAUUCGCAACCGCAGCAGCAGCCACAACAACCCACUCAGCCGCCGCAGCAGGGUGCUUCCACCGAUGGUGCCGCUGGUAAUAAUGGAGUUACACCUGCCAAGAAGAUCACCGUUCCGCCCAAAGAAUCAAAGGGCUUCAUGGGAAGUUACCUGAAGUUCUUGCAGGGCGAGCGGGACACAUCUCCACCACCGGCUAGUAGAAGCAAUCGCAAGACCACGUGGACCCGACCUACUCCUACUACAACAGCAAACAAGAACACAGCUGCUAAUAACGCUGCCAACAAACAAACGGCUGCAAAUCAACAGCAACCGCAGCAGCAGACGCCGCAACAACAACAGACAACGCAGCAGACAACACAAGCCCAACCGUUGGCACAGAAUGUUAGUAAUGGUAUGCUACACGCUGAACAAUACAUGUCUAAUUUCCAUAUUCCAAAUCUGCAGCAAAAGCAGCCGUCGAACGUACAGCAGCCACAACAGCAACAGCAGUUGCAGCAACAACCAGAUCCCCGAUACGCUCCCUAUACAGCCCCGAAGGAUAACAGGAAGCGCAAAUACGAUGCGGCAGAAGCUGCUGAUCCCUUGAAUGUUCCCCAGCGUCGCCAGACCUCGAAUCGAAAGGCCAAAUCCAAGGCUAGCAACAUACAGCAAUUGAUUGAGCGCGGCCAAGGUAGCACGGCUGCAGUAGAACAAGUGGAAGACGACUUUGGAGGCGACUCUGACUCGGAUCCGGCCUGGACGCCUCAAGACAAAGAGGAUGAUGACGAUGAACAAGAUAUGAUGGGCCGCAAGAAAGGGAAGAAACCUAAAGCUAAUCUAGGAAAGCAACGCCCACGCUCAAAUAUCCUGUCAGUGGCCGCGGCUGGCGCCGGAAUUGCAGACUACGAUUGUGGAAGUGAUAACGACAAUGUCCUCGCUGGAAGAGCCGGAGCAGCAGUAGUUGCGCAGCAAGCAAUAGCCAAUCUUCAACAACAGCAGACACUGCAGCAGCAGCAACAGCAACUUCAACAACAGAUCCAACAGCAACAACAGCAGCUACUUCAACAACAGCAACAGCAGCAGCAGCAACAACAACAACAGCAACAGCAGCAACAAAUUUACCAGCAGACUGCGAACCUCUCAACAACCAAUCAAAUCAUGCAAAAUCAGUACAUUCAACAACAACAGCAGCAGCAACAACAGCAACAGCAACAGCAAAUUCAGCAAUACAAUACAGGAAAUUUGGUUCAACAGCAACAACAGCAGCAGCCACAGCAGCAGCAACAACAAUCUGUUAGCAACAAUGACGACUUUCAGACUGGGGAUUUCGUGGUGAUCCGAUCGGAACUCGUUCAGGAUUAUCCUUCGAUUUGGCGGGUAGACGGUAAGACGUUGCUGCAGAAGUAUGAACCGUUCGAUCAGAACGGCAAAACGCUUCAUCGGAACGUAUCAACUUACGCGGCAUGGAACGCCGAAAGCAAGAAGCUCUACGUAAAGAUCCCCGUUCGGUUCCGAGUGCACAACCACAUGGAGUCCGUGGUCGAGUUCAUGCGCAACGAAAUGUCCAUCGACGACACGGAACAGUUUCUGGAGAAGUCGAUGAACGAAACCAAAAUCUAUCAGGACGUUUUCGAGGUGUACAUUCAGACGUUGAUCUCACAGGCAUUGGAUUCCAACUUCCUGAAGGAAAUCUUCCAGGAGCAAGAUGACUAUUUCUUAUCGCGAGUUCAAACCAUCGAUAGUCUUACCGAGGAUAGGAAGCGACGACUGAUUCAGAUCACGCCAUGGUCACGAAACAUGAUCAAUUCGAUCUCGACGUUCCCCGCGUACGACAUCAUGACCGAACUCGGUCACACAAACAUGAACCAUCCGGUUUGUGUGGCGUGCCAUCAGCCGGGAAUUUCUGUCCGUAUUGUUCUCCAGGGACAAACGUACAACUCGGCGACGUUGGCGCCUUGUCCCAUCCAGGACACUCGCAUUCAGUAUGAGAAAAACUUCCUUCUUUGUCGCAUUUGUUCCUCUCGGUUCGAACUUUUGCACAAAAUCUGCCAUCAAAAGUACAUGAUGUUUGUCGAGUGCGCCAAGCGAGUCAACCAACAGAUUUCCAAUGACUCCUCCAAAGCAGCAACUAUCAUUCUGAACGAGCUGCUAGCGGAUGAACAUUGGUUAACUAUGUUGUUCAAAGAAGUUCGCAGUAUUUGGGCGGAGAUCGAAAAUAUGGAGCGCCAGUACCGAUUCCAGGUAGCAUCCCAAUGAGAUAAGGGAAAAGCGGCAAUAAAACCAGCGUAGCAUCAUCAAACCGAAGGUAACUUUGAAAGCUAAGCACAUACCGCAAAAAUCGACCGGACACAGGUCUACUGAAGUCAUCCAUGAUGAGUAUAUUUAAAUUACUAUAAACAAUGAUACAUGCAAAUAAGACACAAACACUGAACGCAGUGAGAGCCACAGAAUUACUCGCUAGAAACCUAGAAUCCAUACUUAUGCAUUAUUAACUUAACAGAAAUCCACUCAAAGGCAUAAUGCAAGCAAAGUAGCAGAAAUCUACAUUUAGCUAAUGCAGAAGCUUGUGUAAAUGUCAUGCAACCAUAGUAAGUAGACUUUCUACUAGGAUUUCAUGGCAGUUUGAACUACUGACAUUAUCACAGCAUCAUUCAGCCUUGACUAAAAGGAACACAUUUCAAUCGCUUUCAAACGGUAGUUCAUUUGGCUUGUAAUUUCUUUCCACGGCCAACCAUUUUUUUCAUUCGCCUAUCAACGCAAUAGUCUACGCCCCGAAUUCGAUCGAUCCAUCGCAAGCAACUGUAUUCUAAUUUUCGUUGUUGAAAUUUUGUGAACAGCGCGAGACAAAACUUAACAGACAAAACCACUGAAUUCGCUUAUUGUUAAGUAUUUUUAUAUUCAACGGAACGGAUUAGUACACUACCUGUAAGUCGUCUAUGUACUGUAAAAAAGUAUGAUAUCUGGAAGAGAUAAAACUAAGAGAACGGUAAGAAAAUUCCAAAA